AAAAGGCCCAGGAGAAAGGCCGGAGGCUGGGCCAGCUGCUGGGCUGCCCCGAAAGCGACCACACCGCCCUGGUGAGCUGCCUGCAGGGGAAGGAACCCGGGGAGUUCCUCCAACACGACCCCUUGGCCAUGCGCAAGGAACUGUUCUCUCAGGCCUUUGUGCCGACACCAGACGGGGAUUUUCUCCCUGACGUACCUGCCAGGCUGCUGUGGCCUGACCACAGCCAGCCUCUGCCCAUCCUGACCGGCGUCACUGCCAACGAAGGCACCUUCCUAUUAAAAUUCAGCCCUCUUAACUUCAGCCUGGCGAACACCAGCGCCAUCGGCUGGGAACACCUGCUGCAGAUGGUGAGGCUGGUGGCACCAGGGGCCCCGGAAGAGGCCAUCCAGGCUGUGGCACAGCGGUACAGUCAGGAGCGGCAGGAUGACACCCGGUACUUAUGGGCCAUGGGUCAUACCACCGGGGACCACGGCUUUGUGUGCCCGGCAGCCGAGGUGGCCGGGCGAGAGGCGGACGCCGGCUGGCCUGUGUAUGUCUACUACUUCACCCACCGCAGUCACGUCUUGCCUAUGCCGGAGUGGAUGGGGGUGCCCCACGGCGCUGAGGUGCCGUACCUCUUUGGGACCCUGGCAUCCCUACGAGGAGCCAACUACACGCUCCCGGAGGCCGAGGCGGCGCUGAGCCGGAAGCUGAUGCGGUACUGGGCAGAGUUUGCCAGGAGCGGGAGCCCCACAGGGCCAGGGAGCGCUAAGGAGCAGUGGCCCCGCUACAAAUCCACAGAGCAGAACUUCCUGCGCAUCAGCACGGAGCCACCCCAGCUGGAGGGAACGUCGCCCGCCCGGCUCUGUGGCUUCUUGAUGUCGCUUCUCAAAGAGAAGCCCAGCCCGAUAGCUGAGACCCAUGGAAGUGCAGAACCCUCAAAGGAGAAGGCGCAUGAGGAGGAGAACUGAGCCCAGUGGAGCAAGCCAGGUCCUGCAGCAUCCAAUUCCAGACGUCUUCUAUCCGCCGAGCAAAGAGAGAAAUUUCCCCAACUGGGAGUCAGUUACUAGCUGCUGUAGUAAUUCCAUCUGGCCUCUAGAUGGAGACAUCAUCCUAGUCACUUAGCACUAACCUUUCCUUGCAGUGUGUCAUUCAAUCAUUAGAUGGGUAGCAAAGGGUUUCAACCAAUGUGGUGUCCCUGGUAAACAAGAGAGACCAUGCUGGAAUGAGAGCUGUGUAGAGACCUGUUUGGGUCAGUCGCUGCUUUCUUUAAUAAACAGCUUCUAUUGUUA